UGAAGAAUGCGAGACCUAACGGCUCAGGUAACGAGCAGUCUGCUGCAAUUUCCAGAGGUGACUGUUGAGGCACUCAGGGAAGCUGAGACCACCCUAGACUCUGUGCUGUGUGGGAAGUUUUCUGGAGGCAGAAGUGGCCUGGCGUGGCUGGCGUGUGGCCCGCAGCUGGAGGUGGUGAACUCGGUGACAGGAGAGCGGCUCUCUGCGUAUCGCUUCAGCGGAGUGAACGAGCAGCCUCCCGCCGUCCGCGUGGUGAAGGAGUUUUCCUGGCAGAAGAGGACUGGGCUCCUGGUUGGGUUGGAGGAAGCAGAGGGAAGUGUUCUCUGUCUGUACGACCUUGGCAUCUCAAGAGUGGUCAAAGCAGUUGUUCUACCAGGAAGGGUGACUGCCAUCGAACCCAUCAGCAAUGACGGCGGCGCCAGCGUGAGCACCCGGCACCUGCACCAGAGUCUGCGAUGGCUCUUUGGAGUGGCAGCCGUGGCCACAGAUGUUGGCCACGUCCUUCUGGUUGACCUUUGCUUGGAUGAUUUAUCUUGCAGUCAGAAUGAAGUAGAAGCAUCGGAUCUAGAAGUUGUCACUAGAAUUCCUGCUGAAGUUCCACAAAGAAGAGAAGCUGUGACCAGGGAAGGGAGGCAUCUCUGUUUUCAAUUACGCAGUCCUUCAGGAACAGCAGUAUCCACCCUGUGCUACAUAAGCAGAAGCAACCAGCUCGUUGUGGGUUUUUCUGAUGGUUGCUUGUCACUGGGGAGCAUCAAAACCUUGAAGAGGGCGCACUACACUCAGCUUGGAGGAGGAAGGAUUCCUGUCUGUGCUCUUACUUUACAAGAGCCUGAGGAUGAUCUUCAAAAUUGUUGCUAUUUAUGGGCUGUUCAGUCUACACAACAAAGUGAAGGGAAUGCUGUGAAUUUACACCUAUUGCAGUUAACAUUUGGUGACCGGAAACGCCUGGCAUCAGGACAAGUCAUGUAUGAGGGUUUUAAAUGCUGUGUCAAACUCUUCAGUUUAGCUCUCACUGGUGAAAUCUUUCCCUUGAGAGGGCAGACCAGCAAUACUAAAUUACUCAGCUGUCAGACCAUAGAAAAAUUUCGCAACUAUGCUGACAGAGAGGACGGCGUCAAUGAAGUAAUCUCUCCUGACACAAGUGUAUCAAUCUUCUGUUGGCAAGUGCAUACUGGUGGUCAAGAAAAACCAUCUGUUUAUUUGGGUGUGUUUGACAUCAAUCGCUGGUAUCACGCCCAAAUGCCAGACUCACUGAGGCCAGAAGAACUCCUUCAUGAUUGCCCCUAUUUUGCACUGUGGUCACUGGAUCCUGUAAUAAGCAUGACUUCUCCAAACCUCAUUUUGGAUAUUCUGGUACACGAGCGUAGUCUAAGUCGGGGGGUUCCUCCUUCUUAUCCACCACCUGAACAGUUCUUUAAUCCAAGCACCUACAAUUUUGAUGUGACGUGUUUGCUCAGCUCAGGAGUUGUUCACAUGACUUGCACGGGCUUCCAGAAGGAGACCCUGAAGUUUUUGAAGAAAUCUGGUCCUUUAAUAAGUGAAGCCAUUCGUGACAGCUACACUCGGUGUCUUGUUGCUGGCUUGCUGUCUCCAAGACUGGUUGAUGUCCAGCCAUCCAGCCUGACUCAGGAGGAGCAGUUAGAAGCAGUGCUGUCGGCUGCUGUGCAGACAGGCUCUUUAGAGCUUCUGACAGGAUGCAUUAAACACUGGACUUCUGAAGAGCAGCCAAGUUCUGCUGUAAAUCUGCGGUUUGUUCUGGAGUGGACGUGGAACAAAGUGAUCUGUACAAAAGAUGAACUGGACCAAAUAUGUGUUCCGCUGUUUGACGGCUCCUGCAACUUCAUUGACCCUCAGACACUGCAGUCCCUUCAGCACUGCCAGCUGCUUCUGAGCAACCUCAGCACAGUCCUGAACUGUUUUCUGACAGAAGCCCGAGAGCUUACUGAGAAAGGUUUUUCAGACUUGACCAAUAAGCAGGUGGUAACCAGCCUCAUUUCUUUGUAUGCACAAGUGGUGAUCUGGUUCUGUCGAUCCAGUCUCCUUCCCGAGGGUUUAGAUGAUCACAUGCAUUUGUCUAGACCUUUCUACAAUUACCCUCUGAUUCAGAGCUACUAUACGGGUCACCGACAGAAACUCGAGCGUUUAUCAAGAGGAAAAUGGGAUUCUGACUGCUUGAUGAUUGAUGGAAUGGUUUCCCAGUUGGGAGAUCAAGUGGAGAGGUUGUGGCGGAGGGAUGAAGGCGGCACUGGGAAAUACCCACCCGUUAGUUUACAUGCACUGCUGGAUCUCUAUUUGCUAGAGAGCAUUGAAGAAAGUGACAAACAUGCAAUUACAAUUUACUUGCUGCUGGAUAUCAUGCAUUCCUUUCCAAAUAGAACAAAAACUUUACUUGUUUCGUUUCUAACUGCCUUUGCUAUACCUUGGGGUCUUGUUAAGCUGAUUCAAGGAUUCUGGCUCCUAGAUCACAAUGAUUAUGAAAAUUCCCUGGCCCUGCUCUUCCAUCCAGCUACGCUCAAGACCGUGCCAUGGCAGCACAUGAGGAUCAUUCAGUCCCUCAUGUGCCAGGGGGAGCACAGGCGAGCCCUCCGGUACAUCCAGAUGAUGAAGCCGUCGAUGUCCAGCAGCAGUGAGGUGCGGCUGUUCCUCACCGUCCUGUUGUCCAACAGGUGCGUGGUGGAGGCUUGGGGUCUGUUGCAACAACACACCACAAAGCUAAACAUAGAAGAGCUGCUGAAGCACAUGUAUGAAAUCUGUCAGGAGAUGGGGCUCAUGGAGGAUUUGCUGAAGCUGCCCUUCACAGACACAGAAAAAGGGUGUUUGGAGAAGUUUUUACAGACCAAAUCUGGUGUUCAGAGCCAUGAAUUCCUCUUAGUCCACCAUCUGCAGCGUGCCAACUACAUCCCAGCACUCCAGCUGAAUCAGUCCAUGAAGGCCAGUCUGACGAAUGAUCGUGAUCCUCGCUUGAGGGAGAGAGCAGUUGCCAGAAAUUCUCUGUUAGACCAAUAUAUCAAGAUCCUUCCCACAGUUCAGAGGAAGCUGGCAGUAGAGAGAGCCAAGCCGUACCGUUUGCCUUCAUCGGUCUUAAGAGAAGUCCCAAGGCCAACGCCAUUAUCAACAGCAACAAGGCAGGCUAAUGCAGGAAAUGUACACUUAAGUACAAAUUUCAUCACUAAAGUACUGUCCAGAAUUAAAGAAGCAUGGCUAGGAAACAAGAAAACCAAUUUCUUAGAAUAUAAAAAGUUGCUGGAUUUGGUGGUUCGUCCUGUUCCUUCCCGCUCCGUGGCACAGGAUGAGAGCCGGCAGACCCCAUGCACGGCUUCUACUUCUUUUGUGGCAUCCAGCCCCCUGAGAUCAAACACACAUCACUCCAGCUCCCACAAGAACCUGCCAAGAGCAUCAGAGUUGCAUUUACUGGAAACUCCUCUUGUGGUCAAGGUUUGUAUUUUAAAAAGUCAGCAGCAGCCAAUCAAACCAAAAAUUUGAGAGCUCUGUUUAAAAUGAAACUCCUUGAUUCAAUCUGUGAGAUAUUUUUAGCAUGCAUAUAGUUACUGUACACAGAGUCCUUUUUGAAGCAGUAAAAUGGGAACAGAGGGAAUAUUUAGAUUUCAAUUAAUUGUAGUGAUCACCUUGUCCCACAGCUUUGAGAAACAGUUGUUUUUAUCACAUGGAACAAAGUUGAAUUUGGACUUUUCAAUCUAUACUUAACUGCUUAAAGAUGAAAUUUGUGGCUUAACUGUGUCAGUAUUUAAGUGCUGAGUAGCUUUGUGUAGUUUGAUGUGCAUUUCUGCAACCAAGAACUGCAUGCUUCAGACUUGUAAUCCAGUCACAUGAAUGACAACUAUGCAAUGUGAGUGAUAUCAGUCUCAGAUUCUGUGACAACUCCCUGCAUCUGUUUCGCUUAUCUGUCGCUUGUGUUAAACUGUUUCCAGUCACUGCCAUCAAACUGUUACCAUGCAAGGCAGCAACACCUGACAGCCCCUUGGUUCUGAUCUUUUUGCCUUUGCCUAUCUGAAUGAAAUCAUUGCCAUCUCCCUAAAUUAUAACCUUUUUCUUGUUAUGAAAUAUCACCUAGUUGAUGAUUGAACUACUACUAUUGAACUAGCUUCAUCCUCCUUUCUAACGCUUUCAAUACUGUGUAACAUUUCUGACCCAUAUGUAGGUAUUUUUACAGCACUGUCCCUUCAUCUUGUGUGCAGAAAUAAGCUGUGGCUGUUGCUCAGUUGAGUGGCAUCUGGAAGACAGUAACUGAAAAUGCUUCCAUAUGCAGUAAUGAUUCUGGGCCUUUUAAAAGAGCAGUGUAGAAAUUGCAGAAAUUACUGGGAUAGGACAACAGUGUAGAUAAGAAGAUGCUAUAUUCAUGUUUCUUCAGGAAAUUUGAAAAAUAACCUUUCUGUUGUCUUGAGCGAAGCUUUAAGCAUUGGGGACCCAAUAGUAUUUUACCCUGUUGGAGGCAGAGUGGCUCACUCUGGCUGUGGAGCAGUGCAGAGGCCACUGCAAUGUGAUGGUCACUGCUGGUUGUGUGCACACCUUGUGUUGGAAAACUGCUCCUGGACACGGGUGGUGGCAAAUGGUCGGUUCUGAACAGAAACAGCAUGUGUGAAUUGCACACAGAGACGCUCUGAUCCCUGUGCCUCAAAUCCAUAAGCUCUCAGCUGUAAAGUAGUACAGAGCGUGUACGUAUGUUUCACAUUCAGGGGUGAUCAGAAGGGAACUGUGCUCAGUUUCAUCUAGCUCAGUGUGAAAUUAGUCUGUUUGCUACUGAACAAAGCAUUAACA